UCAAUCAGGCAUAUUUUUUGGGUAAUUUUACAGACAAUAGCUGUAAAUUUAAUCUGGUUUAGGCUCUAAUGUUUAUUAUUCUUGUGUAUAUAACCUGGUUUUAAUAAAUACCAUAGUAUAAGAAAACAUUUCAAGGUCAGUAUAGUUAGUGAGACAAGUUAAGGUCAUGUAUCAAACACUAAGGGCCUGGUAAUAGAAUAAAUAAACAUGUUCAAUCGAAUGUUUGGUCGCCGUAAGUCUCCGGUCAUAGGGGAGUCGCCCACUGAUCCAGGAAUUGAAGCUAUUGAAGAAAAAUGUGAUGAUGCCACUUGUGAUGGCUUCAUUGUUUUAGAUGAUACCUCCAGUCAGAGCACCAUUUAUGACCCCCCACCAGGUUACACUGUAGGGGGUGCCAGUGCCUUCUUACCAUAUGGCAUUGAUCCCAGGAAAGAAAGUGCAAACAGUACACAAAGGCCUGCAAGCUGUGAUAUUCAGACUGCAAUUGAUGGAGUUCCAUUUAAACUUUCGUCAUAUGUUCUUCUAGAUAAGGAUGUGCAAUCAAUUGACAUCAGCUCUGUUGCACAGAUGAUAGGAAAAAUAAAUUCCUUCAACUGGGAUAACUACGAAUACAGCUUUGAGCUAGAGAGGAGUAUUUUACAAGAAUUUACUAGUACUGAACAAGCAAGUAUAGAAUGAAAUUUCCAACUGUUCCAAAUGUAUAACUUAUUGCAACAUUUAUCUCUUCUUUGAAUAAGUUUACUAUCAGAUUAUAUAUACAGUACCGUACUUGUAUCUGAUACAGUCCAUCUUAAUUUUUUGUUACGGAAGUAAAUUGUUUGGUAAUGUUAGGUCUGUAAUUAUUUAACUCGUGCCUCUUGGAAUUUCUAUUUGACAUAGUAUUUGCAUGGUUCAUAAUAAAAGGAGUAUAAGUACUGUACAGUGUAUGAAACUAGAUGACUGGUGAAAAUAUCAGAAAAAUUAAUUUGAAUUAGUUCCUCUAGGUUAAUAUGUUUCUCUUAUGGUCUUGAGCCUACAGAUCAAAGAAACUACAAGACCAACUGAGUAUUACAAGUAAAUUUUCAGACAAUAGAGUCAAGUACAAUACAGAAUUCUUAACUUGUUCCAACUUAGGUUAAAGAGUAUGGUAUUCCCUAACUUGGGUUGUGUUAGUCUUGUGUAAAUUGAUUUGGUUGACUGAAACAUUGUUAUUGCCAGUGGUUAUCACUCCUCAGAUUUCCUGCAAUAAAUAUACUGUACAGCAUUAUCCACCCAAGUAACAAAGAUGCUGGGGGCGAUUAAUGUGUUAAAUUGAAAAUCAUAGAAGUAUGAAGGAAAAAGAACGACCAAAAGUUGAUUUGAACUGAUUAGUGCAGUAUAGCAGAUGUAUAAACACCAUGUACUGUACUUAAAAUAUUUUAGUCAUUACUUAUCUCCUGCCACUAAGGGAAAUGGUUACAAGCAAGAUGUCACGUGUAUCUCUGCUCAAAAGCUUGUAACCACCUUAAUAUUUGCUUUAUAAAUGUACAGUAGUAAUUAAUGAGGUUGUAAACAAAAUGCUCUCCUGCAUCUAGUAACACAACAAGAGUUUUCAGACUCGUGUAUGGUGCUUCAAUUUGUAGGAAGCCUUUAGUCAUCAGAAAUAGGAAUGUCACUUAAAAAUUGUCCCUUUAAUUCAGUAAUGUCACUGAAAUGCCUCUUUGAGUAAAUAAAUUCUAAGUUUAGCCAUUAACAUCAUGCAGCUCAUCAAGGAGGGUAUGGAUUUCACUUAGUGUCUGUCUUAUUAAGGUGAGCUUGUCAUUUUUAGAUUUUU